AUGUCCAGGUUCUGGUCGAAGGAAGAGUUUGUGAUUGAAUUGCGAAGUUGCUUGAACCUCAUCACGCCAACCUGUCGAAAACUACAUGCCCUUGGCAUCCGAAAUGUGACCUUCCGGACUGCGGAUCCUAAACACGAUCUGACUCACUUGAUUGAUGGCUCUGAGAGCGCAAUCGACCAAGCACUUGACGAGAUCUCCAACACAUGGGAAUCCGAUCUUGAGUUGUAA